UUAAAGGAAACAUACCCUUCAACUCCUCCAGUGUGGUUUGCUGAAACAGAAGAUCCCUGUAUUACAAGUGCUGUUCAAAUAUUAACCAACACAUCUGGGCGAGAUAAUUUGGUUCUUCAGCAAGUGAAACUACUGGUCAGUGAACUUUGCAGGCUACAUAACAUACAAGAACCUAUAGAGUUAAAUAAUCUACAGCCCACUGUAGUUGCACAGAUAUCUGAAGAUGAAUUAGAAAGUAAUUCAGAAGACGAUGAAGAGACUGAAGAUGAUAUUCACAUUGAGAUGGAAGAAGACACUAGUCCUGAAAAAAGCAAAGAUGAGGGAAUUAGCAGUGAGCACACGGCCACACUUGAAAGGCUACGCCAAAAUCAGCGUCAAGAUUAUCUAAGAGGCUCUGUUUCAGGUUCCGUACAAGCAACUGAUCGUUUAAUGAAAGAAUUACGUGAAGUUUAUCGUUCUGAAAGCUUUAAAAAAGGAGUAUUCACUGUGGAGCUUGUAAAUGAUAGUCUCUAUGAAUGGAAUGUGAAAUUAUUGAAAGUUGACCCAGAUAGUCCACUUCACAAUGAUUUAAAUCUUCUGAAAGAUAAAGAGGGAAAAGAUAGCAUUUUAUUAAAUAUUAUGUUCAAGGAAGCAUAUCCAUUUGAGCCACCAUUUAUUCGUGUUGUCCAUCCAAUGAUAACUGGUGGUUAUGUCCUUGGAGGUGGUGCUAUUUGUAUGGAAUUGCUCACAAAACAGGGUUGGAGUAGUGCCUACACUGUUGAAGCUAUUAUUCUUCAGAUUGCUGCAACUUUGGUUAAAGGCAAAGCUCGCAUACAAUUUGGAGGAAAUAGAAGCCAGUACAGUUUAGCAAGAGCACAGCAAUCUUUUAAAUCUCUAGUACAAAUUCAUGAAAAAAAUGGUGAGUAGAUAAGUGUCAUCUUUUUACAUUUACAUUAAAAAAUAUACUACAG